CACGAAUAAGGGAGAAAAAAAAAUUGAUGAAAUAAAAUCAAACUUUGCGGGACAGCAAGAAUAGAUAGUGAUUGAUGAGACAGAAAAUCGUAAGUCCUAUUGGGAAAGAAAAAUGUCAACUAAAACACCAGCAUAACACCAUGUGAUUUUCAUAUAUAAAUAUAUGGCUAUAAUUAUACCCGUUUGGAAGAAAAUAAUCACUUUUUGAUAAUGGCUGCUAAUAGUUUCUUCUUCUGGGCGGCACUUGCCUUCGCUGUUGUUGUGGAUUCAUCUUCUUCCCCACUUUUCUGCUCCGCCUAUGAUCUUGACCCUUUGCAGGACUUCUGUGUUGCUGUUCCUGAUCAAGUCUCAGCUGUGUUUGUAAAUGGAAAGUUGUGCAAGAACCCGAAAUUAGUCACUGUUGACGACUUUCUCGGCUUCGGCUUCCACCUUCCCGGAAAAUUCGCCGCUCCAACGGGAUUCUCCGUAACGGUAGGCGACGUCAAUUCAAUUCCAGGGCUGAACACACAAGGACUCACACUAAUACGUGUCGAUAUCGAACCGAACGGAGUCGUGCCUCCGCACACCCACCCUCGCGCCACCGAGGUCAUCGUCCUCCUGGAGGGAACCAUCUACGCCGGCUUCGUUACUUCGAACCCGCCCGACGGAUCGAAAAACCGUCUCUUCGCGAAGGUUUUGAAGGCUGGAGAUAUGUUUGUGUUCCCGAUUGGGAUGGUUCAUUUUCAAAGGAAUGUAGGGAAGACGAAAGCGAUGGGGAUCGUGGCGUUUAAUAGCCAAAAUCCUGGGAUUAUUUCAGUUGCGAAUUCGGUUUUCGGGACGGAGCCACAUAUUUCUCCUGAACUUCUUACUAAAUCGUUUCAGCUGGAUAACAAAACCAUUGAUUAUCUUUUCUCAAAGUUUUGAAAAGAAGCUAAAAUUAUUGUGUAGUCUCCGAUAUUUGUCUAAUAAUUCAUGUUCUUUCUAAAUGUUUCAUCAGUUGCUUAUCCAAUACACACUUUUUAUUUGUCGGUUAGCCAUUUGCCCACAUGUUGUUUAAAAACUUUAGGCGAAAGUCUGUGCUCUUCGUCCCACUCACGAGUCUCAUGAUCAUGUAUUCUUUAUGUUCUACAAAAAUAUUUAAAUUGUACUCCCUCCAUCCCAUAAUUAUUGUCCAAUUUUACUAAAAUGAAAAAUUUUAUUUUUAGUCAAACUUAACUAUAUUUUACCUUGAAC